AUGAAUACUGUACUUAAAACCGUUAUACUUGGGGCUCCUGGAUCGGGAAAAGGUACAAUUUCAAGUCGAAUUAUUAAAGCUUUCAAUAUGGAUUAUAUUUCUAGUGGUGACAGAUUAAGACAACAUAUUAAAGAAAAAACUCCCAUUGGCCUAGAAGCAUCUAAGUAUAUUAAAGAUGGAAAACUAGUACCUGAUGAUCUUAUGAUUAAAUUUAUUAGUGAAGAACUUAAAAAAGUGAAAUCUAAACCAUGGCUCUUAGAUGGAUUUCCGAGAACACUUUUUCAAGCACAAGCAUUUUGGAAGGAAGAAAAAUUAGAUUUAGCUGUCAAUUUAGUAGUGCCUUUUAGUGUAAUCAUGGAAAGAGUUGAAGGUAGAAUGGUUCAUUUACAAAGUGGAAGAGUUUAUAAUUCCUCAUUCAAUAUACCCAAAGUUCCUGGAGUUGAUGAUGUUACUGGAGAACCAUUAAUUAAAAGAGAGGACGAUAAGCCAGAAGUUGUGAAAAAACGUUUGGAAGUAUAUGACAAAAUGACAAGACCUGUUAUAGAAUUUUAUAGGGAAAAGGGAAUUUUAAAAGAUUUUCAUGGAGAAACUUCAGAUGCUAUAUCACCUCAAGUUUUGAAGGAAUUGAGUAAUUAUAUGAGGCUUGAAGGCAGUCAAUAA